AUGUACAUUAUCAAUAUUUCGUCGAGCUCUCGGAUGGUCUCGGUGAGUUCAUCGAUCGCGUUCCGAGGUGUCGAGGGCUUCGAGUGCCUCGUACACGGCCUCGUGGUGCUCGAUCAUCUUGUCGAGAUAGUCUCGCCUGAUGGUGUAGUUUGGGAUGAGCUGGCGGGCAUUGUUGAGAGAAUGCUCCACGUAGGCGUGGAUGAGUCCGGCGAUGUGGCGGCGCAAGAUGUCGCUACAGUGGCGGUGGACGACGGCAUUGGCAUCGUCGAGGAUCGUGUUGACCGAUGCCAAGUUGUUGUUGACCAUCCGGAGGUAUUGGAGCUGUUCACCGAUGCUGACGAAUGUGAUGUGGAACAUGUUGUUGACUUCGUGGUUGCGGAUGAGCUGUGCCAGCAGGCAGAGCUUAUCGUCUUGUAG